AUGAACAUCCCGGAGAUGAACAUGAUAAGCGACUUCGAGGCAGGAAUGAAUUGCCUGCAAAACCCAUCCUUCAUUUCUCGAUUCCUGUCCUUCCCCGCUCAGCAGCUCUACAUCACCGGUGCUCUCCUCUUUGCCAUUUUCGCAACUUUCAGCAGCCUCGUCAGGAGACUUAAAAUCCUUCUGAUCCAUUUCCAUAUUCUCAAAUCUUCCUCCCAUCAUCACAAAGAAGAUCACACUCUUGACUACAGUGAAGAUGAUGAAAUUUCCUUAGCGACAUCAGACGACGAUGAACAAGAAGACGGGGACCACGACGAGCAGGAGGAGGAUGAAGACAACCACCCUACCACGACGUCGUCCCGAGGUCAACGCGGCGUCGAUGAAGAUUUCCGCGUGAAGAAUCCUCGACUUCCUUUCAAAAACCAGUGGCCAAAUGGUCACCUGAGGCAACGGAGGCGGCGUAGCAAUUGCAGCGCGUGGUCGGAAUUCACCAGCGGUAAAAAUGUUGUUAAGCUUUGGGAUAGUUUAGGUUUCAACCUGGAUUUCGAUGAAGAUUUAUUCGACUACGAUCCACAAAGCGUUGUCUCGACCUGGGAAUCCGAUCGAUUCCAAAACGAGAAAGAGGCAUCCGGAGGAGUCUGGAAUAUCCCAGCGGCUGCGCCGGCGGUUCUCUUGACGGCGGAGGGUAAUGGGAAGGGAGACCGUGUAAUUUUGAGCGGCUACGACUCGAGGAUGCGAGGUUGUGUUCCUGCUCUGUACGCUGACUGGAGCUCUCCGGCGGAGAAACUUGCCGGCGUCUCGACGGGCGGGGUAGGCAAGGUUUUCAUCAGAGACGACGCCGGCGGGGUACACACCGUAGGUGACGUUAGAAACGUUAGGAGGGCGUUGGAGAGCGUCAAAGAAUCCGACGGCGAUACUUGGUGGGAUGCUGACGCCGUUAUCGUGGACGAGACCGAGAUUUGA